CAACAUUCCAAGACAUUCGUACAAAUAUUUAAAUCUACUUAACACAAGGCAUCUAUAUCUAUACUAUAUCUAUAUGUCGGAGCUUUAAUAACGGUGGUAGGUAUACCUACACAUUUUUACCAGGUAGGUACUUAAACAACAUGCACGAUUUCUCAAGGCCAUCAGGAUUAUUACGAUAUUAACUACGAGAAAAAUUAUUGCACUGAACAUCCUUUUAGACUUAGCAGUGUACCAGAAUACUUUCAGCGUUAACCGAGUGAACAUAGUCUAUAAUUUAUUACUGUUGAUUUUAUUUAUCACGACCGUUGCAUUUCAAAUUCAUAAUUAAAUUUAAAGUAAAACAAUAUAAAUCUACAUUUUUUAUAUUUUCUUAAACAUUUUAUUUUUUUGUACCUUAAAUAAAUAAAAUCAAGAACAUGUUUCGAAUAAAAGUGAAUACACAGUUGCUACCGAUGAAAAUGUGCUUCUUCCUCCUGUUUGCAACUUUCGGACCUACGAUCGGAUUUUUGCCUACAAUAGCGAGACAAUUGGGAUACUCGAUAACGACUUACGGCGUUACCAUGAUGUUCAUGUCGGUGGUAUCGACGAUACUUGUACCUCUGUCCGGUGUGAUUGUCGACAAAUUCCGGAUAAAAAAAACGUUGUUUUUAGUGGUCAUAUUCGGCACAGGAGUGGUUUCGAUAUGUUUCUUGUUCGUGCCGAAAGCACCCGUGGACGCGGCCAUGACAGAAUUAAAAUGCGACGCAGAAACGACGACAAUGACCGUUUUCAAUGAGAAUAAUAAUAAUAAUAAUAAUUUUCAAACGACGAGUAACGUCACUUAUUAUACCGUUGCGAAUCACACCAGCGGCGACGAGUUGAUAACGUGCAAGUUAAAAUGUCAAUAUACAGAGUUGUGCGGUGCAGGCUAUGCAAUAAUAAAUAAUCCAAACAACCAAUCUGACUUGAGCGAUUUGUGGACGAGAACGAUUAACGAAAAUCAAAAUAAAUACGACCAAAUCGACUUGACAUUAAAACCGAAAGACGUAGAACAGACGGAACAGAUUGCAAAUUCAUACGUCUUUCAAGUGAUGUCUGUUCAAAUAAAUGGCACGCAAAUACUUUCACCCACCUGUCGAUGCCAUUUGAAAACAUUUUGUCAUAUAGCGAACUGUUCGAACGAUAAAAUAAUGGAAGUGGCUACCGUCACGACGUACAGAGGAAACGUUCUCAAUUUGUAUCAAUUUUGGAUUUUUUUCGGGCUAGUGGCGACGUAUUGGGCGUGCAUAACUAUUUCGUCUACAUUAAUAAAUCCUAUUUGUCUCGACGCUUUGGGAGACAGAUCUGCAGAGGAUUUCGGAAAACAAAAAUGCUGGGGUUCGAUCGGUUGGGGGGGGUUUUCCAUAUUCAUCGGGUGGCUCGUGGAUGUAUUUAGUUUUAAUAAAAAGGAUAAAGAUUAUUCACCCGUUUUUUAUUCUAGUAUUUUAAUCACGGCUUUGAAUUUCGCAGUAGUAAAUAGAAUCAAAGUUGUCGAAACGAACAAAUCCGAAGGUCGAUGGAAAAACAUUUGUGGGCUGUUUACUAAACAUUACAUGAUUUCGUUUUGCAUAUGGUCAAUAUUCAACACGCUUUUCCACACAAUCGUCACCCACUUUCUGUUCUGGUACAUGGAAGAUUUGGUUUCUGCUAACGACGACCACAGCCAACGAGCGUGGCUGAAAACGCUCCAAGGUCUAGCUCAAGGCAUCCAGUGUUUCGGCGGUGAAAUACCAUUUUUCUUCUGGUCCGGUUGGAUAAUCAGGAAGAUGGGCUAUGGCAACUGCAUGGCCCUCGUGCUGGCAGCCAUGGCCGUCAGGAUGUAUCUGUACACAGUCAUCUGGAAUCCAGCCUGGAUCAUUGCAAUUGAAUUGCUAAACGGCGUGUCGUACGCAUUGGGAUACUCGGUGAAAAUGUCAUACGCAAAAAUGUUGUCACCUCCCGACACACUAAACACCGUAAUCGGGUUUAUAGGAUUUUUCGAUUGUGUUGGUGAAUCUAUAGGUAGUCUACUGGGCGGAUAUUUAUUCGAUACAUAUGGCGGAGUGUGGUCGUUUCGAUUUUUCUCCUAUAUGUCUGUUGCGAUGUGCUUUCUAAGCAUAGUAACCAAUUAUUUUGGAUUGACAAGGGAAUCUAUUACCUCAAAAGACAUCGCAGAAUCGACGAAUACGGAUCUCAAAAUUACCAAUAAUAAUACUGAUAAAAAAAUGUGAUAUUUUAUUUAUAAAAACUGUAUAGUGGACAUAUUUUAUAAAAAUGUUAUAUCUAAUUGGUUAAAUAUUAAAACUAAAUUUAAUGUUUAGACGAGCAGAGUAUAGUGUGACAUACGAGUACACCGCAGAAUGUUGCAGGUAACACUGCUCUCCGCUCAUUUAAAUUUGAAUACUUGUCGAAUAUAAGUUAAAACUAUAUUAUGUA